AUGAUCGCUACCUCUUCAGACACCCCGCCGACAGGGCCAGAGGGGAUCGAAUUGCAGAUGCCGAUUCGUCGGCUGGACGAUCGACGGGUACUUUUCUCAACCCAUUUCUCUAUACCGCGGGUUUCUUUUUUUGCGACUCCGGUUGAGAAAGGUGCACUUUCUCGGAUUUUUGCGGCUGUAAGCCCCGAGGCGAAACACGGGCAGUAUUAUGGGCCUAUCGGUAAGGUCGAAUCAGGCUCUGGGCUUGCUCAGGGUCGUGAUCUUCAAGAAAAGUUGUUCGGUGGCCAGGGCGAACUUGCAGGACAUGAUGUCGAGAAUAUUUUGUAG